AUUUCGUGAUGCUAACAAAAAUGAUGACAGGAGAGCACAUGUCUUGAAAAGCAGCAGCCAAGACACAAUUCAAGUUUGAUAAAAAAAGAAGUGCACGUGUUUAAUUGAGAAGAAUUUAACAUGGCUGAACAAUUUUCUGUGGUUACACAAAGUAUUGUAACUGUCAGAGUCACAAGCUCAGGGAAUACGUUUGGGUCUGAAAGGAGAUUCCAGAAAGAUCUGACAGUUGCUGCAGUAAAGGGGAAGUUGGAGCUUGUGACUGGCUCGAUAGCUGGGAACAUGAAACUAGAGGCUUACAACAAAGACGACAAGCUAAUAUGUAAACUAGACGAUAAUGAAGCAUUGCUUGGCUCCUAUCCUGUGGAUGAUGGUAUGCGAUUACAUGUAGUAGAUGCAACUAUUAAGUUAGGAGAAUUUGAAGAUACAUCAAAAGUAGAAAAAUUUGAAAUAUCAGAAGAUUCUUACGCUAAACGAACAGAUUCUGUGAGAGCAUUUAAAGAGAGAAAUAAAAUGGGAAGAUUCCAGGAAAUUUCUCCAGAGGAACAAAAGAAGCUUGACGAAGAAAAAGCAAAAAAGGCUGAAGCUGAAAAACAAAAGGCUGAAUCUCUUCAUGUCGGGGAUAGGUGUGAAGUUAGGAUCCCAGCCCAACCUGUAAAGAGAGGACAAAUCAAAUAUGUUGGUUUAACAGAUUUCAAGGAAGGACUUUGGGCGGGUGUGCAAUAUGAUGAACCUGUGGGGAAGAACGAUGGCAGUGUGAAGGGAAAGCGGUACUUUGAUUGUCCUGCUAAGUAUGGUGGAUUUGCUCGUGUAAACCAUUUAGAAGUUGGAGACUUUCCAGAAGAAGACCUUGAUUUUAGUGACGACGAAAUUUGAUAUCAUAAUCAUACCACCUCAUCCAUAUUCAUUUGAUGGUUGAGAUUUUUGUGUUCAUGACACCAAAGAAACACGAGAUAAUCGACCUGGAUAAAAUUAGAAAAAAUGAUGAAAAAGUAGCUCUGUAUGGAAGGGCUCAAUUAGCAUGAAGAUAUCGAGGAGAUGAUGUUUAAGUUCUGGUUGAUUGGUGUUAAUUCUUGUCAAGGAAAAUAACGCUAUGAUUGCAACAGAGCUUAAUUUUAUUUUGAUACUAAUUCUUUUUAUUUUAUACAUAAAAUUGUUUUGGAA